UCAAACAAGCGAUCGAAAUCGAAGUGCGAAGUUCACUGCGCUCGAAGUUUUAACUGCGAUUUUCAGUGUUUUUAUUCAAUUGUAUUUGUAAAAUCGAUUUUUAAACUAUGUCUCUAGUUCCAUACGUAUUCGCUGACUGGCCGUACCGUCCAAGCCGUCUUCUUGAUCAGGACUUUGGUUUGGCGCUGACUCCUGACGAUAUGUUAACCGCCGUCGCCGCUCCAUUGGUAUCGAGAGACUACUUCCGUCCUUGGAGACAGCUGGCCGCAGCAGCAAGGGACGUCGGAUCUAGCAUUAAAGCGGACAAGGACAAAUUCCAAGUGAACCUUGACGUUCAGCAUUUCUCCCCUGAAGAAAUUUCCGUAAAGACCACCGACGGCUACAUCAUAGUUGAAGGCAAACAUGAGGAGAAGAAAGAUGAACAUGGAUACAUUUCCAGGCAGUUUGUGAGGAGAUAUGCUUUGCCUGAUGGCUGCAAGGCGGAUGCUGUUGAAUCCCGCUUAUCUUCUGACGGUGUUCUGACUGUGACUGCUCCUCGUCAGCCAACUAUCUCCAAGAACGAAAGAUCCGUCCCCAUCCAACACACUGGACCUGUGAAAAAGGAAAUCAAGGAUGCGAAUCAACAAGAAAUCAAGGAAAAGUAAACUCAAUUAGUUUUUAAUUCGAUUAUGUGAGACUGAUAGCUUUAUUUUAUUUGUACGUUUUAUUUAAUAAAUAUGAAUUUGUACAUAAUUA